UUAAGUUGUCAAUUCACUAAUAUGACAAAUACCAAAAAGUGAGGUUAAUCGUAUUUAUCGAAAAAAUCUUAAAUACACCUCCAAAAAUCCCAAAUAAAUCAUAAUAUGUCAGCAAAAUUCACAGAAGAAGAACUUACAUUAGCACCAUGUCAAUAUGAAUAUUUAGAUCAUACAGCGGAUGUACAAAUCCAUGCUUGGGGUUCAAAUUUAAAAGAAGCAUUCGAACAAUGUGGUAUUGCAAUGUACGGAUAUAUGACAGAACUCGAAACUGUAGAAAUCAAACAAAUGAGCGAAAUUGAAGCGAACGGAGAUGAUAUGGAGAGCCUUUUAUUUCACUUUCUUGACGAGCUUUUAUUUUUAUUUAGUUGUGAACCGUUUUUAAUAUGUAGUAGAUUAAAGAUUACAGAAUUUAAAACUGGGGAUGAAUUCAAAAUAAAAUGUCAAUGUUAUGGGGAAGAAUUUACACUGGGGAAACAUCCCCAAGGUACAGAAGUUAAAGCUAUCACUUAUUCAGCAAUGCAGAUUAUUGAUGAACCAGAAACUAAUAAAUCACAAGUUUUUGUUAUUAUCGAUAUUUAAUAAUUAAAAAGACUUCUAUAAUUUAA